AUGGCAGCAACAACUGGCUGGAAGGAUGACUUGGAGGUCCCUCACCCCUUCCCGGUCGCUUCGAACUUGCCAAUGAAUACACCGCCCCUCGCCGAAUCUGCUGUUUCUUCCUUUUCCGGCUCCGGCGGCAUCCGCAAAUCUACCAUUGACAUGAAGAAGAAGACACAGCUUCGUAUCUCAGGCCCUGCCCCUGCUCACCGUAUCCGGGCCAUUUAUGACCAGAAGAUCGCCGCAUUGGAAAAUGAGGUGAAUUGCCUGAGAAACUGGUGGUGGGUGGACAUGAUGGAUCGCCCGGACAAACGAGACUGGGGCCAGGACGGCCGUUGGAGCGAAAUUUACAAGAGGGAGCACUGGCUCCGAGGGUUGGAGUUGGCAGCAAACGGGUGGGUCAAGGCUGACUUCGCAAGGGAGAAGAUGAUGCAGGCAGACAUGAGAGCCAAGGAGAGGGAGGCAAGGAAGGCCAAGGAAGCGGCGGAGAAAGCGAAACGGGAGCUGGCCACCGCGAAAAUUGUGCUAGCUGCGGUGAGAAGGGAGCUGGAGGAGAAGAACGAUCAGGUCGCAAUGGACCGCCAGUUGGCUAUGACUUUAUUGGCUGCUACACAGUAG